UUCACGACAGUCUCCUGGACCAGCCGCAGAGGAUUUGCAACCCUGGAACAUGGCCACAUUAUAUACUGUGGUUGCUUAAGGGUUGAUUUUCUGAGUUAACAACUAACCCCAAGAUUCAGGAACUGAAGAAAAACUUUCAGCCAAGUUGUUUUUUCUUGUUUGUCAUCUUCUGGUUAUAUUCAAUUGCCUAGGUUGUUCAGGCUGGCAGAAAAGUUGAUGUCAUCUACUCCUUGGGAUUCUCCCCUCCACCCACAUACCAAUACUGUGCAACGUGACAAGUUCUUCUGUGGAAUAGGCCCCAGGCAACUGAAGCAUUGAAUAUUCAAAUCCAGAUGAGAUGGCUUCCAGGUAGCAGCAUUGUAAUUUUGCUUAAAAGAACUGCUCACAUUCAUCUCUCAGUUCAUAGGAUUUGAAUUGGUCUCCAGUCUGGCUUAUCUUCUGGGGCUUGAAUACAUAUUUAAGCCGUAUCAUUCCAGGCAUAAUGAACUUCAUUCAGUGAAAAGAGAAUACUGAAGAAUAGGCUCUCAAGAUGAGUAAAAAACCCCCAAAUCGUCCUGGAAUCACUUUUGAGAUUGGUGCUCGUUUGGAGGCACUGGACUACUUACAAAAAUGGUAUCCAUCACGAAUUGAAAAAAUUGACUAUGAGGAGGGCAAGAUGUUAGUCCAUUUUGAGCGUUGGAGUCAUCGCUAUGAUGAAUGGAUUUACUGGGAUAGCAAUAGGUUGCGACCCCUUGAGAGACCUGCACUAAGAAAAGAAGGACUAAAAGAUGAGGAAGAUUUCUUUGAUUUUAAAGCUGGAGAAGAAGUCCUGGCUCGUUGGACAGACUGUCGCUAUUAUCCUGCCAAGAUUGAAGCAAUUAACAAAAAAGGAACAUUCACAGUGCAGUUUUAUGAUGGAGUAAUCCGUUGUUUAAAAAGAAUGCACAUUAAAGCCAUGCCUGAGGAUGCUAAGGGACAGGUGAAAUCCCAGCAUCCACUAAGCUGGUGUUGUCCUAUCGACCCAGCUGGAUCGUGUAACCAGUCUAUGGGAAGUGAGGAUUGGAUAGCUUUAGUAAAAGCAGCUGCUGCAGCCGCAGCCAAGAAUAAAACAGGGACUAAACCUCGAACCAGUGCUAACAGCAAUAAAGAUAAAGAGAAAGAUGAGAGAAAGUGGCUUAAAGUACCUUCAAAGAAGGAUGAAACUUCAACUUGUAUAGCCACACCUGAAGUUGAGAAGAAGGAAGAUCUGCCUACAUCUAGUGAAACAUUUGGACUUCAUGUAGAGAGCGUUCCAAAGAUGGUCUUUCCACAGCCAGAGAGUGUAUUAUCAAACAAGAGGAAAAAUAAUCAAGGCAACUCAUUUCAGGCAAAGAGAGCUCGACUUAACAAGAUUACUGGUUUGUUGGCAUCCAAAGCUGUUGGGGUGGAUGGUGCUGAAAAAAAAGAAGACUACAAUGAAACAGCUCCAAUGCUGGAGCAGGCGAUUUCACCUAAACCUCAAAGUCAGAAAAAAAAUGAAGCUGACAUUAGCAGUUCUGCCAACACUCAGAAACCUGCACUGUUAUCCUCAACUUUGUCUUCAGGGAAGGCUCGCAGCAAGAAAUGCAAACAUGAAUCUGGAGAUUCUUCUGGGUGUAUAAAAUCCCCUAAAUCACCACUUUCCCCAGAAUUAAUACAAGUCGAGGAUUUGCCGCUUGUAUCUCAGCUUUCUUCUUCAGUGAUAAAUAAAACUAGUCCUUCACAGCCUGUGAAUCCCCCUAGACCUUGCAAACAUAGUGAGCGGAGAAGAAGAUCUCAGCGCUUAGCCACCACACCCAUGCCUGAUGAUUCUGUAGAAAAGUUUUCUUCUCCCUCUCCAGCCACUGAUGGGAAAGUAUUCUCUAUCAGUUCUCAGAAUCAGCCAGAGUCUUCACUACCAGAGGUGCCUGAUGCUACACGUGUGCCACUUGAGAAGCUAGGACCAUGUCUCCCUCUUGAUUUAAGUUGUGGUUCAGAAGUUACAGCACCAGAUUCCUCUUUCCGUAAUGAAUGUUCCAGGGCAGAAAAGGAAGAUCCACAGAUGCUUGCAAAUCUUUCUUCCAAAGCAGUAACUGAUGGCAAAGGAGCUCCAGCAGCAGCAGGAAUAUCAAAACCAGAAAAAAAAGUGAAAUUGGAAGAAAAAAGCUCAACUGCAUUUGGAAAGAGGAAAGAAAAGGAUAAGGAAAGAAAAGAGAAGCGAGACAAAGAUCACUACAAACCAAAACAGAAAAAGAAGAAGAAAAAGAAAAAGAAAUCUAAGCAGCAUGACUAUUCAGACUAUGAAGACAGUUCCCUAGAAUUUUUGGAAAGGUGCUCUUCUCCACUAACUCGAUCUUCUGGGAGUUCUCUGGCUCCACGAAGCAUGUUUACGGAGAAAACUACAACUUAUCAGUACCCAAGGGCCAUUCUGUCCGUUGACCUUAGUGGUGAAAACUUAUCAGAUAUGGAGUUCCUAGAUGAUUCUUCAACAGAAAGUUUGCUUCUGAGUGGGGAUGAGUACAAUCAGGAUUUUGAUUCAACCAAUUUUGAGGAAUCUCAGGAUGAAGAUGAUGCUCUUAAUGAAAUUGUACGAUGUAUUUGUGAAAUGGAUGAAGAGAAUGGCUUCAUGAUCCAGUGUGAAGAGUGUCUGUGCUGGCAGCACAGCGUGUGCAUGGGGCUGCUGGAGGAGAGCAUUCCAGAGCAGUAUAUCUGCUACAUCUGCCGAGACCCUCCAGGUCAGAGGUGGAGUGCAAAAUACCGUUAUGAUAAGGACUGGUUGAAUAAUGGGAGAAUGUGCGGGUUAUCAUUUUUAAAAGAAAAUUACUCUCAUCUCAAUGCCAAAAAGAUAGUUUCCACACAUCAUCUGCUUGCUGAUGUGUAUGGUGUGACAGAAGUGCUACACGGAUUACAGCUGAAGAUCGGAAUUCUAAAGAAUAAACAUCAUCCUGACCUUCACCUGUGGGCUUGUUCUGGGAAGCGAAAGGACCAAGAUCAAAUAAUAGCUGGAGUGGAGAAAAAAAUCACAGUUCAAGACACAGCUAAUGUAGAAGAAAAGAAACAUGUACAAAACCAUAAAGAGCCACCUCGUUUUCCCUUGAGAAUGGAAGGAACUUACAUAACAAGCGAGCACAGCUAUCAAAAGCCACAAAGUUUUGGUCAGGACCACAAAUCUCUUGUAGAUCCUGGGAGCUCUGAUGACGAUGUUAGCAGUUUUGAAGAAGAGCAAGAAUUCUACCUGGGAGCUACAAGACAUUCCCAGUAUUCAGCAAAAGAGCAUGGAAUGUCAGAAAAGAACCCAACUUUAGGAAAUAAGGCGUCUGUUUAUAAUGAUAAAAGAGGCGCUGAAGACCCAGGAGACUCACAUCUUCAGUGGCAGCUCAAUCUCCUUACACACAUAGAAAAUGUGCAGAAUGAAGUCACCAGCAGGAUGGACCUCAUAGAAAAAGAAAUGGAUGUUCUGGAAAGCUGGCUUGAUUUUACCGGGGAGUUGGAACCACCAGAUCCUCUCGCAAGACUGCCCCAACUUAAACGUCACAUAAAACAGCUCCUAAUCGACAUGGGCAAAGUACAGCAAAUAGCAGCUCUUUGCUCUGUAUGACAGUGGUGAACUUAGUAACAAGAGUAUGGCUCUCCAGUCCAAUCAUUUUUAUUAUUCACAUGAUUACUAAGUGUGUACUUUAAAAAGCUUAGUGAUGUUUGGUCAUUUACUGAUUUGUAAUGUCAAUAAGAAGGCACCUUGAAAGAAAAAGAGCAACUUUAUCAAGUGAAUAUUAAAAAUAUAAGCAAGCUGCAAAUGACAAUGUUUUGUAUGCCAAGGAUCAGCGAAAUAGAAUUAGAAGGGGAUCAAAUUGGCAGGAAUUUUGAAUAGCUGCUUAUAUGAAAUUGAAGAUACCUGUACAAAGAAAUAUGGUGCGUUUAUAUAGUUUUUAUAGAAAGAUCCAUAUUUAUAAACCAGCAUUUGGCCAAAAUUAAAAUUAAUGGAAAUUUAAAUUCUGGAGAGUUCUUCAAGGUUGCUCUAAGAACUGCCUUCUCAGCAGUUGAAUCCAGCUGCACAGAAUUUAGGUUAUUUAAACUUCCAUAGGAUCAUGAGUUGUUUCUUGGGUGAUGAAUGUAUUUAAUCAGUAAACUGACAGUUUAGAAGUCUCACUUUUGAGAAAAACAAUUGUGGAAUUCUUACUUCAUUAUGAAUGUAUUUAAAAAACAAGCACCAAAUAAUUGGAAUUUACUGCAGGCACUAAGCUUAUUAAAAACAAAUUAGCUUGCAGAAAGAUCCCAUGUGCCAAAUGUUGAUGCUGCUGCUGGACAGAGGAUUUAAAUAUUGUGGGCAUUCUCACACCCCGAGUCUUACAUAAUACCAUGAGUCCAUCCGAAGCCUUUUUGUCACAUAUAUCACAUAUAUAGUUAAAUGGCAGUGUUCAGGUUCAACAUAACUUUUUGAUCCUGGAUAUGCUUGGUGUUUGCCUUCAGAAAAAAAAUAUAAAUAACCUCAGCUGGGAUGAGGAGUGAAAAAUAUAUCAAAUAAUUUGUGGCUGUGGAUUUUUUUAACUGCUAGCUAGUAGUGGAAUACUGGAAAAGGUUCAUUUCAGAAGAUGAAUUUUAUUUUUGAAUAAUACACAUGCACUCAGACUUUUAGCUUUGAUCGCAAAUGAACAGAUUUUCUGAAACCAAAGGCAACUAAGUUGCUGUCUUAGCUCUUGCUGGAUUUUGAGCCUAGGUCCUACUGUCUGCCAGUCCUCACAUGAGUUGUGUGUGCCCCCAGUGCUACAUAAGCAGGUAUGCGUAAGUGUGUAUGCUUGUUUUAAACACUCAACAUGUACAUAACCAACACAUAUUUAUAUUACACAUAUCUAGUUUUAUUACUAUAGACUCUACAAAUUGGUGGUUAACAUGAAAUGUUGCCUUUUAACAGACUUUUUAAAAAUUAAAAAUGUAUGUACAGGUUUUGACAUUUUUGAGAUUGUUAAGAGGAGGCCAUUUGAUGACAUAUAACACUUGAAUAUUUUAUGCCUCAUUCUGUUUAUCAGUUCUAGCAAUCUGUAAAUGCAUUUCAGAACUGGUAGACAGAGAACUUGAAUUUAUCUUUGAUAAGAAUUCAUGCCACUGUACAUUCAGAUAUUAUUUAAAUUUGCAAACACACUGUUCUAUAUGUAAGGUACUGUAUGUAAAAUUUUAUUAAAACUAUUCCUCAUAUCCUAAAAUUUCA